AUGGAGGUGAUGGGCGGCCAACUCCUCAGACCCAGCGCCUAUCCUGCGCCCUGGUGGGGAGCACAGACUGAAGGACCUCCCCCAGAGAAGCGCCACCGCACCGAGGAGCCGGCGGGCCCCGCGUCCGGGACUGCGCCCAGCCCGCGAGAUCCGGCGGGGCCUCCGGCCGCGGACACGCUCACCUCCGUGGUGGUCCUGGCGCCGGGCUGUGCUCUGCAGCUGCCCCUGGACGACGUCGACCUGGUGCUGGAGCCCGAGCCAACGUCGGUCCUGCAAGUGUCUCUGGGGGGGCACACCCUCAUGCUGGUCCCCGAGGCCCUCUUGGAACCCGGCGCUCUCCAGGACGCUCCCGGGGGAGACGUCGCCGUCCAGCAGGGAUUCUUCCGCGCAUGUGUCCCAGGGAUCGCAGCCGGAGAAGAGGCCUACGACGAGGACGCGGACCCCGAGUUCCUGACUCCUUGGGUGGACGCCGCAGGAGGCUCCAUCGCUGGGUUCCGCCCCUGCCCGCACGGCCCCGUCAGAGAGCCCUCGCCUCAGGCCGCCACCCCUAGUCCAGAGCGACGCUCGCCUGGUCCCUACUUCAACCUGGACUCCCACCUUCUGGAGCCCUUCCCCAGCUCACCACUCCAACCUCUACCUCCCUCUCCGAGCCCAGGUCCCCACGUGCGACCCCGGCGCCCUCCGGGCCCAGCGCGCAAGGCCCGGAGACGCCUCUUCCAGGAAUGA